AUGAUAUACGACCUUCCAACGCCACUUGCCGUACACGCAAUUCAAGCCCCCCAGAAGCAACGCACACCAUCGACGCAGCCCCAUGAAGCUCCGAGUAUUAUCUUCAACGAUUCUGAUCUUAUCGGCGUAACACUCCCCCAUAGUGAUCCAUUAGUCAUUGAGCUACACGUAAAUCGAUUCGUCGUUGAACGCGUCUUCAUAGACCAAGGAGGCACUUCAGAGGUUAUGUAUUACGAAACCUUCGUCAAACUCGAUUUCAAUCAAUCAGACCUGUCUCCGGCUCCCCAUCCAUUGUUUGGCUUCAACGUGAAUCCAGAGUAUCCGUUGGGGAAGAUCAUACUACCCGUUCGAGUCGGCUCCCGAACAAUGGAUGUAGAAUUCUUGGUCGUCAAGCUCCCAUCGCCGUAUAAUAUCAUCAUGGGGUGA